AUGCCACCCUCUCCGGUCCUCCGCCUCCUCGCGGGAGUCGCGGUUCCGCUGGUCGCGCCGGCGCCCGCCUCUCCGCCUGCGCGCUGCGACGCAAACCAGCAACCCCCCGCGGCGCCCCUCUCUGACGGCCAAGCGGGCCCUGCGGGUUCGCGGCUUCGGGAGCCGCCGCGACCGUACUCGUCCCUCGCGCCGCUGUGGGCUUGGUCCUCGCAGAAGUGGACGAGUCUCCGUCUGCGCACCGGCCUGCUCUCGCCCGCGGCGGUCGCGCCCUCGUCCGGCGCGUCCCCGGGGGCCCCCGCAGGCGCGUCGGGCUCCUCCUCGGGCGGCGGCGGGCGCCAGCGGGUGGUGGUUGUGGGUUCGGGCUGGGCGGCUGUCUCCUUUCUCUCGCGGCUGGACAUGACGCGAUACGAGCCAGUCGUCAUCUCGCCGCGAGACUACUUCACCUUCACGCCGCUGCUGCCCUCGGUGUGCGUCGGGUCGCUCUCGGCCGCCGCGUGCCGGACGGGCGUCCGCGGCCUCCUCACGCGCGGCGGCGUGGCCUGUGGGCGCUUCUUCGAGGCGCGCGUGGAGGACAUCGACCCCGAGAAGAAGACUGUGCGCUGUCGCGCGCGCUUCCCCGCGGCAACCGGCUGUGCGGCUCCAGGGAGAGGAGACGGAGGCGAGGGGAGGACGGGGGCCCGCGAGCACGUCUGGGAGCAGCCCUACGACUACCUGGUGGUGACCGCGGGCGCGGAGGUGAACACCUUCAACGUGCCUGGCGUCAAAGAGCACGCGCUGUUCCUGAAAGAACUUGAGGACGCGCGGCGGAUCAAGGCGCGGCUGUUCGACGUGCUGGAAGCCGCCUCGCUCCCGGGGCUUUCCGAGGCGGAGCGGCGGAAGCUGCUGCACUUCGUUGUCGUCGGCGCGGGACCGACCGGCGUGGAGGUCGCCGCCGAGAUCGACGACUUCUUCCAGAGCGAAGGCAAAAAGUACUUCGCAGACCUCGCGCCGUUUGUGCGGAUCACCCUCGUCGAGAUGCUCCCCACCGUGCUCGCGGCCUACAACGCCGAGACGCAGAAAUUCGCGCACGACCUCCUCGAGAAAAACCCGCGCAUCCACCUGCGACUCAGGUCCCAAGUCGUCGGCGUCGGACCCGAAUCGGUGCGCAUCCGCAGCAGCACGGCGGGGGGGCCCGGCGCCGGCGCGGAGACUGAGGAGACCGAGCUGCCCUGCGGCCUGCUGGUCUGGGCGUCGGGCAUCAAGAGCCCAAAGUUCUGUCUCGACAUGACGAGGAGGAACGAGGCUCUGCGGCAGGCGCAAAAACGCACUCCCGUCCUCCUCGUCGACCAGCAGAUGAAAGUCCGCGGCUGCAAAGACGUCUACGCCCUCGGCGACUGCUGCCGCGUGAAACCGCCCGCUCUCCUCGACGCUGGAGAGGCCCUAUACGUUGCAGCCGUCGCCGCAACCGGAAAAGCGAGCUCGGACUGGCUCGAGCGCGAGGCUCCCAGGCUGAGCACGAUUUAUCCGCAGCUGGCUCCAAGCAAGUUCGACUUCUCCAAGAAGCCGCGCCAGGCGCAGAUGACGAGGGAGGAGUUCUUCAAACUGCUUGCGGAGAUCGAUGGCGCGUACCGCUCGCCGGCGCCGACUGCGCAGAAUGCGCAGCAGGGGGGGUACUACCUCGCGCAGACGUUCAACGCGUUUCCCUCAGCGGCGGAGAAGGAGAGGGCGCCCGCGUUUGUGGAGACGAACCGCGGCGCACUGGUGUAUUUGGGACAGGGGCAGGCCGCGGCGGAGAUCGAGGGCUGGCGAACCUUCGUCGGGGGCCUGCACACGCUCCUCCUGUGGAAAGCCGCGUACUUGCAGAUGCAGUACUCCUGGUUGAACGUCGCCGCCUGCGUGGGCGGCUGGUUGAAGGAACGCCUCGUCGGGCGCGACGUCGCUCGUGAACAUUUGGACGGCGAGGCAGUCUACUCCGACCGAAGAAAGUAG